AUGCAAUAAUCAAUAAUCUUAGUAACAAAUCUCUUAAGAUAACACCUCUAUAAUAAUCUAAAAUUUGAGGACUUAAUUAUGAUUAAAAAAUAUUUAUUAAGAAUUCAUAGAAUGGGUUGGUCCAAUAAAAUAAAAAGAUAGAGUAUAAGAUCUGCUAAAGUUUUCCAUCAUUUUUUUACUAAAGCCUAAAAAAUAAAUAUUUUUUCUGCAUUUAUAUGGGCCUCAAAUUAUGAAAAUUAUUAUGCAUCUCUUAUUUUUGUUUAAAGCCUAUUGUUGAUAAAAGCUACUCGCAUACUCUUUUUUAUGGAAACCGAUCCUAUCUCAAAGCUAUAUUUAUUAUCACUCUGGCUAUUGUACUUAUAUGCUUUUCAUGAUUGUCAACUUACGCUAAGCUUAGAUGGAAAAGUUUUAGUUAAAGUGUGUUUUGUUUAUUCAAUUUUUAGUUUGCUAUGA